CUCUCAACUUUCCAUUUCAUUAUUCCUUCAUUCCUAUCAAUCAAACAAAUAAUUUCACAACACACACUUUCUUCAUAUUAAUUAUUAGAUGAAAAAUACAAAAGGUGGUGGCGGCGGCGGCGAUAGUGGUGGCACAAUGUUAGUAGAACAACGAAACGGCGUCGUUCGCCGGCCUAAGCUAGGAGCUAUAUUUCGUAGCUCCGAUCCAACCUCGCUCUACACACCCAACCACUACGACGAAGAUCACAACCGCCGCGUGACCAGCGGCUCCGCCCAAGCGGACAGCAGCAGCAGCAGCAAUAACGCCUCUCCUUACAACAUGUCUCCAUACAACAACACCACCAGCAGCGUCUCUUCCUCUCCAUACAACAAAUCGCCAUGGCUCUUACCUUCUAUAAACUUCUUCCACCAAAACGAAAUCGAAAACGACGCGUUUUACUCCCAAAACGGCCUCAUCGGAUCCAUCGUUCGCGAAGAAGGACACAUCUACUCCCUCGCCGUCAACGGAAGCUUGUUGUACACAGGCUCUGAGAGCAAGAACAUUAGGGUUUGGAAAGAUCUCAAGGACUUCGCCGGAUUCAAAUCCAACAGCGGAUUCGUCAAAACGAUCGUAAUCUCCGACGAGAAAAUCUACACCGGUCACCAAGACGGCAAGAUCAGAGUCUGGAAGGUUUCUAAGAAGAAUCCAAGCUCAUACAAGCGCGUUGGAAGCUUGCCAACGUUUAAGGAAUACUUUAAGAGUUCAAUGAACCCUAAGAAUUACGUCGAAGUUCGGAGGAAUCGAAGCGCCGUUAAGGUGAAGCAUUUCGACGCCGUUUCGACCUUGAGCUUGGACGAAGAAGCAGGAUUGUUAUAUUCUGGAUCUUGGGAUAAGACGGUUAAGGUUUGGAGAAUCUCCGAUUCCAAGUGCUUAGAAUCCAUUGACGCCCACGAGGACGCCGUGAAUUCGGUGGUUGCGGCGUUUGGGGCGUUUGUGCUCACCGGCGCCGCCGAUGGGACAGUCAAGAUGUGGCGGAGGAAGCAAGUGAGUGAGAAGAAGACGAGGCACGUGAUCGAUAGAAUUUUGCUGAGGCAGGAGAACGCCGUCACGGCGCUGGCGGUGAACCGGUCGGCGGCGGUGGUUUACGCCGCGUCGUCCGACGGAUUGGUGAAUUUCUGGGAGCAGGAUCUGAAGGGCGGCGAGCUGUGUCACGGCGGAGUUUUGAGAGGACAUAAACUCGCUGUGCUUUGCCUUGCCGUGGCCGGAAACUUGGUGUUCAGCGGCUCUGCCGAUAAGAAUAUAUGCGUGUGGAAGCGCAACGAGAGCGGCAUCCACACGUGUCUUUCGGUGCUCUCCGGCCACACUGGGCCGGUGAAGUGUCUCACCGUCAAAGAAGAGGAAGACCGCCGCCAAGGUCAACGCCGAAAAGGUGACCAGCGAUGGAUUAUUUACACUGGGAGCUUGGAUAACUCUGUGAAGGUGUGGCGCGUGUCUGAGAACGCGCCGGAGUUGAAGAUGAUCCAAGGGUGGCCAUUGCCGAGUCAUGGCGGCACACCGGCCCGUGAUAAUUCUUCCACGGCAGGGUCGAGUCCGUCGUCUUUGCCGGUGACAAGUGCAAUUAGCGGCAAUUUCAACAAUAAUCUACAAAUAAUUAUCAAUAAUAACAAUGAUGUCUACCCAAAAAGGUUGCAGUCUCAAAGUUAGAAACAUGCAUGAGACAUUUUUCUUUUUGUGAAGCUUAAUUUGCAGUUUGAUACACACGUAAUUAUUAAUUUUGUGUAUUUUUUUUUGUCUUUGGGACGAUUGAAUAGCAUGGUUGCUUUGCAUGUGUUGUGUGAAUGCGUGUACAUAAUACAAAAAAAAAUUAUUAAGACGGCUUUCUCAGCA